CUCGGAGGCCCCGCCCCGCUCCGGAGAGGAGAAGCCGAGCGAGCGCGCCGGGCUCAGCCAGAGCUCGGCUCCGGGCUCAUGCCCUGCGGCCCAGCCUGCCCGCGACAUGGCCUCCGGGAGCGUGGCCGAGUGCCUGCAGCAGGAGACCACCUGCCCCGUGUGUCUUCAGUACUUCGCGGAGCCCAUGAUGCUCGACUGUGGCCACAACAUCUGUUGCGCCUGCCUGGCCCGCUGCUGGGGUGCGGCGGAGACGAAUGUGUCGUGCCCGCAGUGCCGGGAGACCUUCCCGCAGCGCCACAUGCGGCCCAACCGGCACCUGGCCAACGUGACCCAGCUGGUGAAGCAGCUGCGCACCGAGCGGCCGUCGGGGCCCGGCGGCGAGAUGGGCGUGUGCGAGAAGCACCGCGAGCCGCUGAAGCUGUACUGCGAGCAGGACCAGAUGCCCAUCUGCGUGGUGUGCGACCGCUCGCGGGAGCACCGUGGCCACAGCGUGCUGCCGCUCGAGGAGGCGGUGGAGGGCUUUAAGGAACAAAUCCAGAAUCGGCUGGACCAUCUAAGAAGAGUGAAAGAUUUGAAGAAGAGACGGCGGGCGCAGGGGGAGCAGGCGAGAGCUGAGCUCUUGAGCCUGACCCAGAUGGAGAGGGAAAAAAUCGUCUGGGAGUUUGAACAGCUGUAUCACUCCUUGAAGGAACACGAGUAUCGCCUGUUAGCUCGCCUCGAGGAGCUCGACCUAGCCAUCUACAACAGCAUCAAUGGUGCCAUCACUCAGUUCUCCUGCAACAUCUCUCACCUCAGUGGCCUGAUUGCCCAACUGGAAGAGAAGCAGCAGCAACCCACCAGGGAACUCUUACAGGACAUUGGAGACACACUGAGCAGGGCUGAAAGAAUCAGGAUCCCUGAGCCCUGGAUCACACCUCCAGAUCUUCAAGAGAAAAUCCAUAUUUUUGCCCAAAAAUGUCUGUUCUUGACAGAAAGUCUGAAGCAGUUCACAGAAAAAAUGCAGUCAGAUAUGGAGAAAAUCCAAGAAUUGAGGGAGGCUCAGUUAUACUCAGUGGAUGUGACCCUGGACCCAGACACAGCCUACCCCAGUCUGAUCCUUUCUGAUAAUCUUCGUCAAGUACGGUACAGUUACCUCCAGCAGGACCUACCAGACAACCCUGAGCGGUUCAAUCUAUUUCCCUGUGUCUUGGGCUCUCCAUGUUUCAUCGCUGGGAGACAUUACUGGGAGGUAGAGGUGGGAGAUAAAGCCAAGUGGACCAUAGGUGUCUGUGAAGACUCGGUGUGCAGAAAAGGUGGGGUGACCUCAGCGCCCCAGAAUGGAUUCUGGGCAGUGUCAUUGUGGUAUGGGAAAGAAUACUGGGCUCUUACCUCCCCGAUGACUGCCCUCCCCCUUCGGACCCCUCUUCAGCGGGUAGGGAUUUUCUUGGACUAUGAUGCUGGUGAGGUCUCCUUCUACAAUGUGACAGAGAGAUGUCAUACCUUUACUUUCUCUCAUGCUACCUUCUGCGGGCCAGUCCGGCCCUACUUCAGCCUCAGUUACUCGGGAGGGAAGAGUGCAGCUCCUUUGAUCAUCUGCCCUAUGAGUGGGAUUGAUGGGUUUUCUGGUCAUGUGGGGAAUCACGGUCAUUCCAUGGAGACCUCCCCUUGAGGAAGUGAACUGAAGCACAGUGCUGAUGGCUGUAAUCCUACCCCCGGCACACAGGAUCUUGUCGUCUUGUCAAUUCCUGUCCAUCAAAGCCGGGUGUCCUUACCAUUUCCCAUGCCCUUACAGAGAGAGACAAUGUGUUCAUGGUCUCUACUGUACUUUCCCUUCCCUUGCAGAUUGUGAGAUGUAAUGAGAAGUAUUGCUAUUUCCCAGAAAUAAAAAACAGAUUCCUCCUCCUGUGUUUUA